UCUGUCUGUUUCUCGUUAUUAGACAAAAGAUGAGAGAUCAAAGAGUGAGCGGAUUAAGGAGAAAAGAAAAGCUGCCCUUGCUGCAAGAUUGGCCAAGGUCAAACAGAGAAAGAGAGAAAAACUGGGGCUGCCUGAACCCCAGGAAGAAGAGGAUGGAAGCUCAGGUGAAGAGAUAGGCCCAAAAUUUACAGAAGAAAUGAAGAAAGAGCCUGAACCACUUACCCGUGAUGAUUCCUGGAGAGCUACUGUACAGUCUACUAGAGACUGGGAUAAAGGAAAGCAUUUAACCAUGGAGAGGUCAGAGCAGGCGUGGCUAGAGAAACAGCGGGCAGAGAGGGAGGAGGAGUUUGCCCCACCUUCUUUCUACUAUGACACUCCUUCCACAAAAUAUAGUUCUGAAAAAGGAAAUACAAUCAACCAAAAUAAAGCGAAAAGUCAGAGUUCAUCAGGAAAUAUAAAACUAGGAAGUAAAAUGACUUCAAUGGUGGAAAAACAGUUGAGCGAGAUAAGAAAGAAUAUUGAUCAGGAAGCUUCUAAAAUUUCAAACACUAGUGUGGUUUUUGAAAAAGACAAAAACACUUCAGUAGUUUACAAAGGAGAAACUGACAAUUAUACAACUGACUCAGCUAAUACAGACAGUCUGCCACCAAGGUUCAGCAGCCCAGGUGAUAAUAUUGUUUCACAGACAUCUGGUUUAAAUACAUCUGUACCAGAUUAUAAUUUUCCACUCCCUAACUUUGAUACCCAGUUCUCAAAUUGUCUAAUUCCACCUAUUAAUUUUGGAGUUCCACCUCCAAAUUUGAAUGUCCCGCCUCCAAAUUUCAGUAUUCCUCCCCCAAAUUAUACCCUGUCUCUUGGGAAUAACACUUUCUCUGGUAUUAAUCCCACUCAGAUUCCUACAUUUGCUAAUGUUUCAUACAGUUCUGCUUUACAAGACAACUCUGUCCCUUCAAGCACAACUGCUACAACUGUUAAUUCUAACCAGAUAGGUCAGCAAACUGUGAAACAAACAGAAGAGAAAGUUAGAAAAAAGUUUGUACCUAAAUCUGACAUAAUAGACACUAGACUUAUGGGCAGUGAAAAUGAUUAGAAAUAAUACCGUAGUUCUUUAUAUGUUCUAAUGAUAUAAUUCCUUCUUUUAUAAUUAUAUUACAUAAAGACAACAGAGGAAUAAGAUGUUUUGGACUAAAAGAUUUAAUAACAGAAAAGGUAAUCACAUUUAAGUGGGUUUAAAUUGCAAGACACAAGACACUGUGUUGCCUGUUUAUAACUUUGUAUUGAGGCAGUUGCAGCAAAAAAAAAGGAAAAAAUUGCAGAUUUACAUUUCAAUAUUUGCUCCAUGUCUUCCUAUAUAUGGGGCAAUACUUUGAAUUUGUCUUGUCUUGUCUGUCUGGCGAUCACAAGUUUUUCUUGGCUACACCUCCUAAAUUGCUGGUUGAAUUUCAACAGAACUUUGUAGGAAGGUGCAGUAACCUACUAAAGUUUUUCUUAUUAUGUAGGCAUUCUCUUCUUGAAUGAUUUUUAGCUUGACUAUACAAAGUAUAUGGAGAGCUUACCUACUAUCCCCAGUGUCAGUGUCCGAGUUGGCACCUUAGUGAAAGUUUUGAUGCAUUAUCACUUCAUCUCUAUUACUGUAAAAGCAGAAAUUUUCGCGAUGGUUUAAUUUUCGCUAUAUUCACGAGGCCCUACAUCUUGUGAAAAUUAAUCCUCGCAUAAAUAUUCAACAUCAGUAUAAUUCAAAUUCAAGUAUGACACCAUUUUUACAAUUGCAUGAAUAUUAAACAUCGCGAACAUACUCAAAAUUUCAAAUUUGUGAAAUUUUGACCCAGCAAAAAUGUGCUUUUGCAGUAUUAUUGGAUGGAUUUGUUUCAAACUUAAAACAGAUAUUUCUCAUCAUCUCCCACAUCAUAUGACUUAAGGGUCAUAACUCUCACACAAAUAUUUUAUAAAUUAUCCACCUUUGACUUAGAAUUUCAGGCUAAAGUUUUGGUUUACUUUCACUCUGUCUCUGUUACUACUGAAUGGAUUUGAUCCAGGCUUACGAUAGUUGUUCCACAUCAUAACUAACAUCAUAUGACACAAGAUGCAUAACUCUGGCACCAAUAUUUCAGGAAUUAUGCCCCCUACUUAGAAUGUUGGGAUAAUUUUGAUGCAUUUUCACAAAUAUCUGCUAUAACAGAAGAGAUGUGAUUCAAACUUAAAAUAAUUGUUCAACAUCAUCAUCCACAUCAUAUGGCACAAAGGCCAUAACUCUCGCUUCAGUACUUAACAAAUUAUCCUCCAGGUGAUUUUGACUGGAUUAUGGCCCUCAUUGGACUUGGACAUUGGUACAGUUUUCGUACAAGUCCACGUUUUGUCAGAACUGUUUGACAUGUGGCUUUAAAACUUUGAACACUUGUUUAUCGUCAUGAACCCAAUCUGAAAGCAAGAGUACCGGUACAUAACUCUGUCAACUAUUUUGGCUGAAUAAUGGCCCUUUUUGGACUUGGAAAUCUGUUAAGUUUUUUGUACCAGUCCAAAUUUUGUCUACCCUGUUUGUCAUAUGGCUUUGAAACUAUUACCACUUGUUUACCAUCAAAGUCUACAUAUGUAGGCAAGACUACAUAACUAGGACAAGGACUUUGGCUCAGUUAUGGCCCUUUUUGAUAUAGAAAUUAGUUUAAGUUUUACAUGUCAUUCCCUAUUUUGUCUAAACUGUUUGAUAUAUUGCUUUGAAACUUUGAACACUUGCUUACCAUCAUGGUCACACAUAUAGUAAAUUGGUGCUGGAUUUAUUUUUGUGUCCUGACUGUCUAUAAAUGUUUUUUAUAGUGUAUAGCAUCAUUAUUGACUAAACAAAUGCGCAGAAUCAAUUUGAACGCGCUUGCCUUGCUGUCAGCUGUAUGGCAUUACCUUGCCUUGCCUCAAUUGCCGUGUCUAGCCUUUAAUCGACGUGAGUUGUGGGUUUGACCUCUAAAUGGAGUGACCCCUUGGGAUCAGACACAUGACUUCUGUUUCCAUGCAGUUAGAUCAGAAUGUUUGAUAGCAGGGUCCAUUCUCAUUUCAGUCGACAGAUUUUGUCCUUUUAAUGACAUUUAAUAUGGCGAAACCCUGUCAACGAGCGGCCGAAAAACUCCACUUACAUUCUAUACAAUAGGAUUCAUGUGUUAAGAAUGUUUUUUUUUAAGUUGUCUAUUGUAUGAAUAUACAGUUUGGAGCUUGGUAUAUUUUCAAAUAAAAAGUUUACUAAAUAA